AUGGAGGGAGAUUUACCAGAAACGCAGAGCACGCUGGAGUCAGUCAGUGUGUCAGAUGACGCCUCUUCUGGGUCCCCUGAUAACGAGAAGUCUGAUAAAACAUCUGAAAUGAAGGAGAUCCCAAGCAUCAGUUGUAGUGGAGAUGAUGCUGGUGUCUUGGAAGGAGAAUCAAAGUCGUUGCCCUCGGAUCAGGGUUCAACAGCUGUUGGGAUAAGCAGCAACGGGGCCCUGGCAGAAAGACAGGAGCAGCAGUGUGGAGGGGUGGACUGCUGUGCCAGUAACUGCUCUGAAAGAAAGGUAGAAGGCUCUACAAAACCAGAACGUUUAUCUAGUGAAGAAUUUGAACGACAAGAUCCAAAACCUAAUCAGACAGAACAAUCGUUAAUAGAAAUAUUGCAGGAGCUACGGGAGGAGUCUGACUUUGUGAAAAAAUCGAGCGAUAAAAUCUAUUCCGAAAGCCCUUACGACACAGACUGCACAAAGAAGCUUAUUUCCACAAUACAUCAGACUUCCUCACAGGAGGAUUUGCUACAGGAAAUAGAGUCUGAACUUCUAUCUACAGAUUUUUCAAAGGAACGAAAAUUCCCAAAUGGCGUGCGGAAGGGUGAACAUGCCUUGGCUGUGUUUGAAAAAUGUGUGCAAGAUAAAUACCUGGAGCAAGAGCAAACGAUAAAAAAAUUGAUUAAAGAAAAUAAAAAACAUCAGGAACUGAUUUUGGAAAUUUGCUCAGAGAAGGACAACUUAAAAGAUGAAUUGAAAAAACGAACAGAAACAGAAAAGCAGCACCUCAACAUUAUUAAACAGCUGGAAGCAAGAAUGGAAGAGCUUAAUAAAGAAGUGAAAGCUAGUAAAGACAAGCUUUUAACUCAAGAUGCAGCAGCCAAAAAUGCUAUUCAGCAGUUGCAUAAAGAGAUGGCCUUUCGAAUGGAACAGGCAAACAAGAAAUGUGAAGAAGCACGCCAUGAAAAGGAGACAAUGGUGAUGAAGUACGUCCGAGGAGAGAAGGAGUCACUUGACCUCCGGAAAGAAAAGGAGAUACUUGAGAGAAGAGUGAGAGAUGCGAACAAAGAAAUAGAAAAGCAUACCAAUAAAAUCAAACAACUUUCUCAGGAAAAAGCCAGAUUGCACCAGCUCUAUGAAACUAAGGAUGGUGAAGCCACUCGACUCAACAGGGAAAUAGAAAAAUUGAAAGAAGAAAUCAAUUCUCAUGUUAUCAAAGUAAAAUGGGCUCAGAACAAAUUGAAAACAGAAAUGGAUUCACACAAGGAAACCAAAGAACGCCUCAAAGAUGCAACAGCAAAAUUAACUGAAGCAAAAGAAGAAGCAGACCAGAUAAGGAAAAACUGUCAAGAAAUGAUCAAAACCUAUCAAGAGUCAGAAGAAAUUAAAUCAAAUGAAUUGGAUGCAAAACUCCGAGUAACUAAAGGAGAACUAGAGAAGCAACUUCAGGAGAAGUCUGAUCACCUGGAGGUGCAUCAUGCAAAAAUAAAAGAACUGGAAGACUUGAAGAGAACGUUUAAAGAGGGCAUGGAUGAGCUUCGAACACUGAGAACGAAGGUAAAGUGUCUAGAGGAUGAGCGUUUAAGAACAGAAGAUGAGUUAUCCAAGUAUAAAGAAAUCAUUAAUAGACAGAAAACUGAAAUUCAGAAUUUGCUGGACAGAGUCAAAACUGUAGAUCGGCUGCAGGAUCAACAUCAGAGAGAUGAACAAGAAAUCAGUGCUUUAAAGGAAGAAGUAGAUGGUUUCAAUUCUCUGAUUGCUGAUCUCCAGAAAGACAUUGAAGGUAGUCGGAAAAGAGAAUCUGAGCUAUUGAUAUUCACUGAAAAAUUAACCAGUAAGAAUGCGCAGCUUCAGUCUGAAAACAAUUCCUUGCAGAGCCAGUUGGAUAAGCUUUCUUACAGUGAAAGAGAGCUGCAGAAUCAGCUGGAAUGUGUUCAACAGACUAGAGAUGAUCUGGCCAUCAAGUUACAGAAGGAGGAGGAUCAGCGGAAGCUCGAGGUUGAGACCCUACAGGCUCAGCUGACUUCGGAGCAGAAAGAACUAACAGCACUGAAGACCCAUGUGGAUGAACUGAAAGAUGAACUGGCUACUCAGAAGCGCAAGCAUGCAACAAACCUGAAGGAUCUCACAAAACAACUUCAGCUAGCACGGAGGAAAUUGGAUCAGAUGGAAAAUGGUAAUUAUGACAAAGAAGUCAGCAGCAUGGGGAGCCGUUCCAGUUCAUCAGGGUCACUUAAUGCGCGCAGCAGCAACGAGGAUCGGUCACCUGAGAAUACGGGAUCUUCAGUCGCUGUGGAUAGCUUCCCAGAGGUGGACAAGGCUGUCUUGGUUGAAAGAAUACUAAGGCUACAGAAGGCACAUGCUCGGAAAAAUGAAAAGAUGGAGUUUAUGGAGGAUCACAUUAAACAACUGGUGGAGGAAAUCAGGAAGAAAACAAAAAUUAUUCAGAGUUACAUUUUGCGGGAGGAAGCUGGAACACUAUCAUCGGAAGCGUCCGACUUCAACAAAGUACAUUUGAGUCGCCGGGGUGGGAUUAUGGCAUCUCUGUAUACAUCUCAUCCUGCAGAUAGUGGUCUCACGUUGGAACUUUCCUUAGAGAUAAACAGGAAGCUGCAGGCUGUGUUAGAAGAUACAUUGCUGAAAAAUAUUACAUUGAAAGAAAACCUGCAAACUCUAGGAACAGAAAUAGAACGGCUUAUUAAACACAAGCAUGAAUUGGAACAGAGAAUAAAGCAGACAUAACUAGUACUUUCAUGGAAUAACCAGCAUGAAGAUGCAGAAAAGGCAGGUGUAACAGACCACUGUUUUUUACAUUUUUCCCGAAAUUCGAUUGCCUGCCAGCACAAGCAUAUCUAGCCUUUAACCCUACAGACUGUCCUUACUGGUGUGAGAUCUACAGGAUUUGGGAUCAAUCUGAUUCUGUCUACUCAACACCUGCCUGAGGUGUUGCUGAAUUUUACUACACACUACAUUUAUCUGAAACUUUUAUUUGAAGUUACAUA